CGAAUCUACGCAUCUUUUCUUUCCCACCCGCAUCAGCAUCCACGCAUGGUACUGGCACCUUGAGUCUCUACACAGCACCCAUGGUCAGCGUGCGAGAUAUGCCAUAUACCGUGACCAACUCAUUCAAGAGGGGUCUCAUGAUGCGAACUUACAGCAAACCCAUCCGCCAGUUCUGGGAUGAUGCCGCGCGUCCAGCCACGAAGAAAAGACGCGUCGACGCCGGAAAGGACCAGAACGAGAGCGAGAACAACCUUGAAUGCGCGAUACGCGAGUCAUCGGCGGCCGUGCUCUCCAGUCCGUCGCGUCGCAACUCCGUGAGUUUCUCAGAGGAUGUUCUCGAUGACCUAUCCACUCCGCCUUCAUCGCCUCCGGCUCUACAGCUGACGCCUCCGCCGGCAAAUACGCGAAAACCUACGUUUACCUUCCUCAAGCGGAAGAGGUCGACGCCCAGCAUUUCAGCUGGCGGAACACCCUUGGCAGAGGUGAACUCGAAUAGCUUUCUGCCAUCGUCGACUGAUCCUCAGAAGAAAAAGCAGCGACAGCAGCAAAGUCACCAGCCACCGGUCUUGAAGCAGAUGCAGCUCGACCUGGGCGGAGAAAUUCGGAAGACCUGUUCCGGGUGUGGGAUGGAGUACGUUCCGUCUAGCCCGGAGGAUAUGGCUUUGCACAAGAAGUUUCACGACAUGAAUUCGAACGGGAUUGAUCUUGGCAAGGCGUUUGUGCGCGCGAAUGCGUCCAGGUGGGUAUACGAGGCGGCGCGUUUUGACGAGGGAUACGUGGUGAUCAUCGAUCGCAAGAGCUCUCUACCAGCGAAGAAUCAGGCAAAACGAGUGCUAGAGGUGGUCAACAAGGAGCUUUCUUCUCCGGAAAUUGAGGAUUCGAUUCUGUGGAGCCAGAUCGACACCCCGAAGCAGUUUAGGAAGAACGGGUCGAAGGAAGAGGUUGAUCGAUUCAAGGUGUUUUUGCACAUGAAGGACAGCAAAUGCGUUGGGUUAUGCUUGACUGAACGGAUAUGGGAGUCUCAUCUUGUUAAGCGGGACGGGGAAAAGCCUGUCAAAGGAUCUGGGGAGAGAUUCGAUGGCUCGUCAAUCACCUUGAGUCAGGAGAAGCAGCCAGCUUCUGUGGGGAUAUCGCGAGUGUGGACGUCUUCUUCGUCUCGAAGAAAGGGGAUUGCCAUGGACCUGUUGGAUUGUGUCGUGGGCAAUUACUUCUACGGAAUUGAGAUUCCAAAGUCGCAGGUGGCAUUUAGUCAACCAACGGAGAGCGGAUGUCGCCUCAUGGAGGCAUUUUUCGGGCCCGAUGAGCCGUGGUAUGUCUACAAGGAAAUCUAUGCCACCAAUUGAGCCGUCUUUGGUUUAUCAGGCUCAAGAGUUAGAGUUCCUUGGACACGCGAGCUACAAACAGCUUUGAAGCAGCAUGAAAGAACGAAAAGCUCCACCUCCUCCUUCUUUUUCUUUUUUUUUUUUUU